AGUACGUUUCCAGAAAAUCGUGGGAUCGAGUGUUGAACUUAAGUCUGACACGUAUUUUACAUAUUUCCGAUAAUAAUUUGUGAAAAUUUAGCUAUGCUAAAUAUCGUUUAGCAGUCAAAGUAAAAGUGAGUGACCUAGUUUCUACAAAUGGAAUUUCGAGAGACCUUGUUAGCUGCCCAGAGAAAUCAACAACAACAGUCAUCUAGUAAUUAUUAUUACAAGGCAAAGUUUGAUCCGCCAAAGAAAGAACAAAAGCAAAAAGAUAGAUUGUCAGCAAAUAUCCAAAAAUUUUUGGCCAAGAAAGAUGAAGAGGAAAAACAGAAGAAGCUGGAAGCUCAGAGAAAACGUGAAGAAUUGCUUGCCAUGCGUGAUCCUAAGGCCCUUAGGAAAAUUCAGAAAACACUUAAAGUUAUUAAAUCUGCUAAUAAGUCUGUUAUAGCAGAUGCUGUGGACAGGGAUAACACUGCUGUCACUAGGGAAGGACCAGAACAACCUGAUCAAGAUGAUUAUGGAUAUGAAUCCCAAGCGGCAGCAGCUAUUUAUGAAAAAAUGAUGCAGCAAUAUAGUAAAAUACCUGAAGAACCAAAAUUUCCCACUUCCAAAAAUGUUGUGAAGAAAGAUUUAAAAGGUACUAUGGAAAGAGUGAAACAUGCUCUACAACAUGAAGAUGAUCCAGUGCCACAUAAAAGGAGACGUAAAGGUGGAACAAAUAAUGAGAGAGAUGACAGUCCACCCACAAAGUAUGAACCAGAAAAAGAAAUGAAGAAAGAAGAACAGUCAAAAUCAGAUAGACCUAAAAUACGUAAACAAGCACCACCACCAUUGGAUUUCAACCAGCUGUUGAAGCUUGCUGAACAGAAAAAAAGUGAACCACUGGAUGCCAUUGCUAAAAAAACACAUGCAGAACAAGAAACAGAGAGACUUAUGACAAAAAAGCAAAAACGAGAAUAUGAAGAAGAGAUGGCAAGACGACAGAGACGUCAAGAAAGAUUGGAAGCUGAAAAAGGAAAUAGUAAAAAAGUGAUAAAAGAGGACAAACCAUCCGAAAGAGAAAAGAAGCAGGAACCAGGAGUUUUUGGUCGCAUUCCAAAAAUAGGAAACAAAAAUUUACCCAAUUUGAGAAAAGAUAGUCCUAAUUUACUUGAUAAAGAAAGAUACCGAAAUGACAGGGAGAGAGAUGAGCAAGAUCGAUAUGUAGGUGAAAAAUGCAGAGAAAAAUAUGGAACAGAAAGAGAAAAAUAUAAUAAUGACAAAUAUAGUGGUGCCAGAGAUAAGAUUAACAAUGACAGAGAUAGAUUGCAGAAUGAAAAAGAAAGAAUAAGGCUAGAAAAAGAAAAGGAAAGACAAAGACUUGAUAAAGAAAGAUUAGAUAAGUUAAAGGCAGAAAGAGAAAGAAUAGACAGAGAUAUAGAUAGAUUAAAUCGAGAUAGAGAGAAACUAGAUAAAACUAAAUCAAAAAUUGAAACAAAUCUACAGAUUGAGAAAUCUAACAAAUUUGCAGAAAGAUCUAAAAUAGUAUCUAGAGAACAAUUUGGAAAACUGGAUUUAAAAAAGAGUAUUGAUUUGAAGAGUCAAAAUACUUAUCGGAUAGAUAAAAACUCCAAUGAAAAAAAACUAUCUGUACCAAAUAAAAAUACUAAUGUUAAAUAUCUCAAUGGUGAUAAUUCUCAAAUAAAAUUAACACUAAAAGCUAAUAAGGAACAGAUAGUACAAAGAAAUGGUAUAAAGGAUAAGGAAAUGCUAAUAAAACAAAAAUCUCUGCCUCUUAAUGCUUCUCCUAAAACCCUAUCAAGUAAGAAGUCAUCAGAGUCUGGGAAGACAAUGUUACCUAAAAGGUCUGAUGACAAGCCAUCACAGAGUCAAUCGGAAGCUGGUACAAGCAAACAUAAAAUUGCUAGCUUCGAUUUUGACAAGCAUAUUAAUACCAUUGGUAAGAAUGGAAAGCAGGAUGCUUGCAGAAAAUCUGAUUUCAGAAGAAAGGCAAACCCAGAUGAUACAAAGAGAAAACCAAAGCGCCGGUUGGAUUCCGAUUCGGAAUACGACUCUGAAAUGGAUGACUUCAUAGAUGACGGAGACGAAAACAUGGAUUACUCUAGACAUAUAAAGGAAAUAUUUGGUUAUGACAAAUCAAAAUAUCGAGAUAUGGAUGACCAAGAUGAUCCCACUAUGGAGUCUAGUUUUGCAAGGCAGCAACGUGAAGAAUAUAUUAGCAAAAAAAUUGGUAUCAUGGAAGAUUUAGAAGAUAUGAGAAUGGAAGCAAUGGAAAAGAAAAAAUCGAAAAAGAAACGCCGUAUAAGUGACGACUGA